AUGCAAAACGCUCACGAAGAGGUUAAAAAACUGCUUCGUGCAUCAGAGAAGGUGACACUUGUCAUUGAUACCAACCCUGGCUCAGCAAGUACUGGCUCAACAACAAGUCCCACGCGAAACAACUUCUUACGGCCCACAAGACGUGUCAUAGCCGUUGUAAUACAUGAAGAGCAGGAUGGACAGAUUGGAGCACUCUUUAUUUUCAAAUGGACUAAAUCGGAACCGCCAUCUCUAGUUCUCGUUGCCACUUUGGCUAUUGGCCCUGACUUCGAAAUAAACCUGGCCCAGGUUUCGUCGAGUGCGCUUGGCGUUCCAGCCCAGCCAGAUGCUACAAUCACUACAAAGCGACCAGACUGCUUGGUAGAUGUUCACUCUGAGGGCGAAGAAUUGUCCUUCAUGUGUCCAGAAGCUGAGGCGGUUGCACUGAGGGAAGAGUGUAGUCGUUUCAAGCUUCCUCAAGAGCAAGAUCCCCCUCAGGCGACUCACAGCUGGAUGGCAGCAUACUCGCCCAGUACCGUUGAUCGUAGGAUGCCAAACUAUUGUACUGACCUAUCAAAAGAUCUUCGCCGCUUACACCAUGGGCCUUCCCUUUCCUCAGCCUUUGCCGGAGUGCCUGGUGAUGAGGACGCGGACGCUGUCUUGAUUCGAGACGACUGGGUCCUUAAACGGGUUCGAGAGAGGAAGGACGAAUAUGCAUCGACACACUCAAUCAGAAUUCGUGUUGGUACAUUCAAUGUUAACGGGCAGAAUCCUCAUGCGUCUAUUCGAUCCUGGAUAAAUGGGCACGACGAGCCUUCUGAACGUCUAUCUCUUGAUGGAAAUACCGAUCCGGACAUAUUCAUAUUUGGAUUUCAAGAGCUAGAUCUUAGCACUGGAGCUUUGCUAUAUAGUACAUCAAACUUGUUGGAAAUCGCUUGGACAGAUGCAAUUAUAGCCGCAUUGGGCCAAAAAGCCAUCCUAUACACCAAGGUCGUCGUUUCACAUCUGAUAUUUAUCGUCUAUUUACAUUUACGAAGAGAGAUCACCACUAGCUCACUUGGUGUAGGACUCAUGGGUCUCAUGGUAAUCUAUAGUCUCUUAGCUGCGGGAGAUGGAUUCCUGGAAAGAAGAAACGCCGAUUACCUGGACAUCUGUCAUCGUCUGCAGUUUCCCCUUAAUCCUGCGACACCGGCAGAAGCUACCGACGAAGCUCGUGCUAUCUCAUGCUCUAUAUUUGAGAGCGAUGUCCUAAUUUGGCUAGUGAAUCUCAAUUAUCGAAUAGAUAUUCCAUUAGAAGAAGUAGUGACGCUUAAACGGUCUCCACUCAAGCCUUAUAACCGAUCAACAUUGCUCAAAUUCGAUGAGGUAUGUUUCUCUCAAGCCUUGAGUCAGGGACCAAUGUUAACAAACUGUCUAAGCUCCUUACUUCCAAGCGAAAUGGAAGAAUAUUCGAAAUAUUUGAAGAGCAAGACGACCUAUCGAUACUUUAUAAACACCAAAAACUUUGACUUAAGACGCAGACCAGCAUGGACAGACCGCAUUUUAUAUAGCGCGUAUCCUUUUGCUUCAAUUCAGCAACUCUCUUAUCAAAGCCACCCCGACGUCACAUUGAGCGACCACAGACCGGUUUCGGCAGACUUCCUAGUACAGGUCAAUAGUGUAGAUCCGGAACUACAUACACGAACAGUCGUCAAUACUCUAAGACAGAUUAAGGACUAUAAUACUCAGUCCAGGGCCUCAUCAAAGCUUCAGCUAUCGACAAAGCAGAUUAAUUUAGGGGAUAUAAGGCCAGCACUAUUAUUACCUAACGAGACGAUGACCGUUUCAUUGGAAGCAGUUGUCAAAGAUUCAAUUGCUGAGAAGUUCCAGUCCGAGAGCACUCUCGAAACAACUUUGAUCAUCCACGUAGAGCACGGCUUGGACUAUUUCGUCGCUGUGACAGCACACUUCAUGCCGACUUGCUUUGUAAGGACCAUCGACUCGCUUGUUCGCCUACCCAAGUCAGCACGGGCCAGCGGAGAUCUUCCUGCACUCGCAGAGUCUCGGGCAUCGACCAUUCCAAAAGAGUUCAUGCGCAUCAUCGACUGGCUGAUGGGUCACCCAUUGAAUGAGAUAGCAAGCACCUUAUUCAUGUCCCAUUCCGACCCAAAGCUGCUCUAUCAAAUUCGAGAGGCUCUAGAUACAGGAGAUCCAUUCCCUUUCGAGAAAGAGCCGGAAUGGAAAGAAGGCGAAAUAACCUUGGCAUUUGGAGAGACACUUGUGCACUUUUUGCGAUCCCUCCCCGAGCCACUAGUACCUCUCGAGGCCCAUCCCUUGAUUGCCGACGUACUUAUGGAAGACAAUACAGAGUUCCUCGACAAGUUGCCCCAUAGCUCUGUCAACUCAUCGGUGAAUGCGUCCUCAGAGGAGGAAGCGGAUAGAAUCGACCGAGACGGGCGUUUUAUUGACACCCCUCAAGAAACGGGGGUUCAUCACCCGUUUCCUAAUGAUGUGAAUGAAUAUGGACACUAG